GGAGGGUAGCCUGCUGCCUGUCCCCAUCUAUGGUGCAGAACAGCAAUGGGACAAAGAGGGCACUGAGUAAAGAGAUGAUGGGGCAGGGUAACGAGGGAGGCCAGGUGCUUAUGGCCAUGGCACUCCUGUCUAUCUGUGACCAGGACAAAGGGCCAGGGGCAAGAAUGUCCUCCAAGGCCUCCUGGGAUCUAGACCCUCAGCCUGGAGUCCCAGGUGGCCAGGCCUCCCCUGCUCUGGAGGACCCCACACCCAGCAUCUGUGCAGGCCGUGGGCCAUGGAGCUGGGGACCACAUGCCCCGAGUGGGACAGGCCCCUCCUGCUGCAGGGGGUGGUGUCUGUGCCCCACCCAGGAGACCGCAAGUGGGGCAGAGGCCAGCUCCGCCUGGUGGUGCUGGAAUGGGUGUGCAGAGCCUCCCGUGGCCCGUCCCCUCGCCCUCUCUCACCCAGGCUCCCUUGCCCAAGGCCCAGUCCUCCCUGGCCUCGCGGCUCCAGGCCCGAGGAGCACCCCGGCCCUCUGUUCCUCUGCUUCCAACUCUUGGCCUUUCUGAGUGGCCUGGCUGCCCCCUGCGCUCCCCGCCCUGGGGGUACCUGCAGCUGCCACCCCUGGGAGCAGUGUCCGUUGGCUGCCCAGUGCCCGCUCACCCGCCCCUCGCCCUCGCCAGGGAGUGGAAGUUCUGUUGGCAGCUGGUGCCCAGAGCCCAGCACUCACUGGGCAGAAGCUGGACAGUGAGUGACUCCUUCUCUCUUCUGAUCUUGUUUAUUCCUUGGUCCCUUCUCCCCAGGCCUCAUCUCCCGCCCCCCCAUGCCCAGGGGGAGCUGCGCACCCCCUCCAGCCCCUGGCCGGGGGAGGGGGGGUCUGCUGGGGCAGGAAGUGCAGGGACUCCCAGGAGAGCGCGGGCGCCUGAGGCCCAGCCUGUCUGCCCGCAGCGGACGGGGAGGAUGGAGGCCUGCUCCGCCUGCCAGGAGCCCUCCCAAGGAGUAGGCUGCGGGGUGGCAGGGCCUCGGGGCCCAGCAGAAGCCCUGCAGCUGGGGUCCCCAAGACUCGGCCCGCGCUCCCGGCUUCAUCUCCCCUGGGGCCCCCCACGGGCUGGACCAAGGGCCCGCAGAGAGGGAGGUUCCCUGGGUGAGGCAGGUCCCUGGGUCCCCCACACACGCACAGCGCCCCGCCAGCUCGGGUCAGAGAAGGGCAGACAGGAUGUGAAGGGAGCCCCCCGUUUUCACUGUGCUCCCUGAGCUGGGCAUUCGGUGGCCCCAACUUCUGGACAGCGUGCUGCCAACAGCUCCUGGCCGGGCACCCCACGUCCUGCUCCUCACAGGCGCCCUCCACGGCCCGGUGGACACUCCAGAGCUGGGCCGGGUGCUGGCCCCUGCCAUCCUCUCACCCCUGAUGGAGCGGGUGGCCAGGAGGACAGGGUGACCAGGGCCUCUUCCAAACAGGAAGUUCCAGCGACAGGCUCCAAGGAGCAGGGGCUGCUGAGGGCAGGGGCCCUUGGCCACCAGGGAGAUAACUGCCCACAGGUCCGCAGCAAGGCGCCAGGGUGGUGUGCCUCCAGAGCACAAAGGAAAAGCAGGGGCGGUCUCAUGAAAAUGGGGCACCAGGGAGGGGAAGGGAGCUCACAGGGGCCAGAUGAUAUUGCCACCUGGGUGCAGGACGAGUGUGUGACGUCGCGUCCCGCCACUGUGUACAGCCAUAAAGCACCCACAAAAAUACAUGGAAAACCCAAAGGCCCAGCAGUCCAGCGUCCUCCCUGGGCCAGCGGCGGGCUCCAGCUCCUGGAGGUGAGCCAAACCCAGGUCAACUGCAUGGCAGAUCCUGGGGCGGACGAGGCAGGACACGUUGGGGGCGUCACAGGCUGACCCUGCCCUGCACUACAGACCUGAGGGUGGACCACAGCUCUGCGGACAGGGCCAUGGAAGGAGCUUCCCUGGGCUGGAGGGGGCCGUGUCCUCGACCACGGUGACAGGCGGACUGCGGAGGGAACCGGUGGUGACUAAGUUCCAGGGCUUGUGGGCUGACGAAGGGCGGGGCCCUGGGGCACCCUGGGGCACUGCGCCCAGGCUGACGUCGGGGUCCUGCCCAAGGCCCUCAGUGAACCAGGCUGGCCACUCCCACCGGUCUCCAGGACAAGGAAACGGCUGUGGAGGAGGAAGGGGGAGGGCAGGGGUCUCUGCAGCAGGAGACAGGCCCAGGGAGGAGCCAGGCAGCUCGCUGGGCACACGGGCCAGCCUGGACAAGGCCUCACGGGGACAUCUGGAGCAGCACAGGACUGGCAGAGAUGGCAAAGCAGGGGAUCCUCCUGUCCCCUGCAGGUCACACGGACCCACCGGGGAACUGGCCCCAGAGAAGUCAACCCAGGUCCUCCUCACGGCACAGCACGGGCCCAGGACAGCGGUGUGGACUGCCUGUCCCGGGUCCUAGGAAGCAGCUGGUGCCCCCAGGCCCCUGUCCACUCACCUGACCAGCCUGAGGAGCCGGGCCUUGGUCCUGGAGUGGAUCUCCAGAGCCGUGCUCUUCACCAGGCCCCACAUCCACCACAGGUCUGCGGGCGCGUCCGGCAGCCAGAUCACCACCCUGGACGGGGGACAGCAUCAGCCUCGCCCAGCAGCCAGCCCAGAGGCCACCUCCCCUCAGACCCUGAGGGAGCUACCAGCCCACAGGAAGGGGCUACCCAGAUGGGUACGAAGAGUCCAGAGGUGUGGGCCACCAUGGCAGAGCGGGCACCACGAUCCACCAUGGGCUCUGAAUGCGGCAGAGGUGGCGGGCCUCAGGUCACCAGCGAGGGCACAGGUGGGGCACAGGGCACAGCCCAAGGUGGAAAGGGCGGGGCUUUAAGGCCAGGCAGGGGCCGCCCACCUCUCCUGCUCCUUAGCUACGUGACCUGAGAAGCUCGGGAACCUGUCUGCCGCUUUACUCCCCUGUCACACGAGGACCGUCAGCCUGCCCGCAGCUCCUGACCCCUCCUCAUGUCCCCUCGUCCACUCUCCCUCUCGAGGUUCCUGAAACGUCACCUGGCAAGGCCCCCGGGGUUCCUGGCUGCUGACGUGGCCAGCCAGCACCAGGUGCAGGGUGCGCAGAGCCGCUGGACCCCACAGGACCGCCAGCCCAUCCUCUACCUGUCUCUGAAAAGCACUGGCUGGACACCUCCGCCCACUCGCCACGCCCCCUGGGAGGGCCUGAACAGGGGCUGCAGCGGGCAGACGGUCAGAGGAGGCCAGGUAGCAAGCCAAACGGAAGCCGGACCGUCCCCUCCCUCAUUCUGGGCCCUCUGCCCCUGUUAAUGCAAACUACGCGUGGAGCGUGGGGUGAUGGGAAAAACUACGGGGGCAUUUCCCGUGUUCUGAGAGGACCCUGUAGCGCUCACAUAAUGGAUCUUUUUUUUUUUUUUUUAGCUGCAAAGGUUAGAAUCUACUUUUUUUUUUAAAUUUCAACUUGUAGUUUCAGUAAACAGCUCCGCAGGAGGAGAAUCUGUAGGUAGAAAGCGCUCUCCUGGCUUUGGGCUGACCCAGUCAUCAGCUUCACGUGGAGCAGGACAGAGGCUGUGACUCACUGUCACGGACCUUGCAUGGGACACAGACCUCCCUGUGUCACCUCCCUGCUUGAACCCCCAUCUAACACCAGGAUGAAGAGCACUCGGUCCGCCGCAGAGCCCUGGUGUGGCCCCUUGUCAGCUUCUAGCUCCAGCUGGCCUCCCUCUCUGCUCCUUGAAUGUGCCCUACUCUCUUCUGCCCCAGGACCUUUGCAGAUGCUGUCCCUUAUGCCUGGCAUGCUUUUCCCUUCCCCUGUGCCUAGCAAACUCUUAUCCAUCCUUCAGAUUAGCUCCAAAGUCAUCUCCUCUGGGCAGCCCUCCAGGCCAAAUAGCUACUAGUAUGAGCUGUGCCAGCUCAGAGCCAGUGUAGACCUCUCCCAGGACUCUCCAGGAAGAGCUGAAGUUGCACAGCAAUGAUUAAAUAGUGGGUGGUGAGCCCCACAGGAGCUGCUGCCCCCUCGCCCCAGACCCUUAAGGGCUAGUGGCAGAGUGAAUGGAGGAGUCACUCAGCACAUCACAAGGGCUGACGGGGGCCGAAUCUCGGCCAGCCCUGCUUUAGAGAAGAGUUAACGUGGCCCAGAGCAGUCAAGAGAGCUGGCCCAGGCCACACAGCUAAUCUGAGCUGGACCAGCUCUGAGAGUCACCCAGGAACAUCGUCUCUGAGACUCUAAUGAGCAGAGCAGGGGCCAGAGGUCCCAGGCGCAGGGCAGGGCCAGGAGCUGACCUGGGCUCCGGAUCCAGCUGCUGCCCGCCUCCCACCUGUCCUCCCCUGUGGAGGAGCCCACCAAGGCCCUGGGCCACUUGCCAGCGCCCAGCCCACCAUGGACGCUGGUCUCCCCACCACCCUGCCUGCGAGCCAGGUCCCUCCCAGCACCCCACUGCGCCUCACCUUCUGCUGCGGAAGUACACAUACUCAAAGGGCAGCGUGCAGGGCAGGAGCAGGUACGAGAGCACCUGCCCGGGCCCCGACCGGCGGAAACGGGCCCAGGCACCGAGGUCCCUCCUGACAGCCUUCCUCAGUGCUGCAAGAGAGUCACCUCGUGGCUGUGGCCGUUUGCCCACCUCCAGCCAGCCCUCCAGGCACCUGAGAGCUGGCAGCCCACAGAUUGUGCCCCACCCCACCCCUUUCUGCACAGAUGGACACAGCACCGUUGGAGCCCAGCCAUGUGCCAGCAGGGUGCCAAGCCCUUCACACAUGCCCUCUCACUGAUGUCCUGGAGAUGGGCAUGGUGUGCCUCUUUCAUAGACGAGGAGACUGAGGUUCAGAGUGGAAAAGUGACUAAACGAAGGAUCAUCACCAGAUGGUACUUGUCAGCACCCCACACCUCUCCCGGCCCUCUGGGUAGUCUGUCGUGGCCCCUUGGGUCCCCACCACACCCCCUCCAGAGCAGUAGCACAUGGCAUAUUACCCUCAGCAACAGCUGUGAACACAGAAACCAUUUCCUAAGUCCCCUCUUCACUGACCAGAGCCAGAGCCUAGAUCCCAGCCUCCAGGCUGCAGUGUGGGCCUGGGGGCGCCAGCAGCCUCCACGCCAUCUAGGGCCAGCCCAGUCAACACAGCCCCAAGACCCGCCCCACCCAGGACGAGUCCUUUUCCUUCCCUGGGCCCAGAUAAAACCAGGACACGGGCACGACCUUCCUCCCAGGGCAGGUGGGUGAGGAUCGAGGGAGUGGACAGGGGCCUGUGCUGUCAUUUCCCUCUCGGCUGGCUGCCCUGUGUGGCUGCAGGGACACUGUGAGGCCUGCAGAUCCCAGGCUUGGACCUCAGAAGCUCAGCUCAGAACCAGCACCAUCCAGAACCAGGAAGAGGCACCUCCUCCCCGGCAUCCUGCCCCUGCCCAGGCCUGGACCACCACCUCUCCUCCCGGUUCCCAGCCCUCUCCUCCACAGCUGGGCAGCCACUGACCUGGCCUCCCGGCCCCUUAUCUCAGCUGCGCCCCCAACCACUGUGCUGGUGCCCCGUGGGCCUCCCUGACCCUCGGGAUCUCCUGGGUGUCUGCUGCUCGCACCUUUGAAAUCUCGGACUCCCCCUCACCAUCUGUGCCUACGGGCUUUGCCCCUUCCUGUUGCUGAGAUCCAGACGCUUAGUUAAACCUAAGGUGAGACUAAAAGGCUCAGAGCAGAGCCUCCCUCUGCCAGGGUUUGGCUGUGUCACCCGACAGGUCCCUCCCUCGCUGCCCACUGCCCCCAGGGUGGCCAGGAGAGGCUCGAAAGCCGGCUUCCUCACGGGAGCCCAGUGUCUCUCAUACCCGCUGCCCUGCCCUUUCUCAAGCACAGACCUGAAUUCGAAUUCCCCCUCAGGCUCUGUGACCUCGCCCGGUCCCUGUCCCUGAGCCUCAGUUUCCUCAUCAGAGAAAUGGGGUAAGAAUGACGUGGAAGCGGGGGCGGGGCGGGGUUUGCGGAGGAAUGAGUGACGCAGCCCGUAAAAGGCCCUCCGCACACUUGGCCCUUAGCAGGUGCUCAUUAAAUAAGCGCUGACCCCGUAGAUCACGCUACUUCACGGCAGGGUCCCUGGCCCCAACCCCAGGGCAGGAAGGGGCAGUACCAGCCUCCAGUUCUGGCGAGAGCUGCUCCAAGCUGGGCACGUCCUUGACCAACACGGUGGGCACAUGGCAGUUGAAAGACGUGCCGUCGUCCGGGGUCCUAGCAGGGGGUGCUGGGGGGUCCCUAGAGACCAACGUCCACAGCACGGGCUCCUUGGUGAGUCCUGGCCAGGGGGAGGAAGAGGACAGACAAGUCGCCCCCGCCCACACCCAGCUGUCUGCCCUCCCCAGUGGCUCUCCAGGGCCUGACCCUGAAGACAGGACUCAGGUCAAACUCUGGCUCCGCCGCCUGCCAGCUGCGUGACCCUGCGUGCCUCAGUUUCCCUCUCUGUGACAGUCGGAUGGCAGAGGGGUUCUGAGAACUAGGCGCAACCAGGACACGACGCGGGCUGUGCUCGGCCGACGUCCACCUCCCUCCCCCUCCGUGUGGGGCGCAGCAUGGGGCCUGUGCGGGGGUGACACCCCAGUUCUCCAGCCCAGGAGACUUUUCCCACCUGCGGUCGGUGCGAGCGCACCACUCUCCCCAUCCCAGGCUGAGUCCACGUCUCCCCUGGGCUCCCACAGCCUGGAGCUUCCCUCCCUGGGGUGUCUCUCUGCACCCAUUACUGUCACCCUGCACCAGGGACCUGCGUGAUUCUUCUCUGGUCCCCAGGUGUCGCUGAGAGAGGAUGAGAGCGCCCAGGUCCCUAGUGGCUCAGAGGCCUGGAAGGCAGGGUCUGCCUGGCACCUGUGGGACACGAUCACAGCCCACCACCAUCCCCUGCCGCUCACCACGUGCCUCCAGGAACCUCAGGGCAUCCAGGUACCCUUGUCUGCAGUUGUCGGCCACCACCUGCGACACACAGGGCAGGGCAAGUGGGCCAGGCCUGGGCUCACACCGGUCAGCCCGUCCCAGACUGGAGACUGGAGUUCAGUGGGUGGUCUCGGUCCUGCCUACUCUCCUCGAGCAAACCCUGGGCAGGGCCCAGGGACCUGGGGGACCCUGAGGAACUGAGGGACCUUGGCAGACCCUGGCGCCAGGUAGGAAGGCAGAUAGGGCUGAAGGCAGAAGAGGUUGGCUUGGUCCCCCCUGCCCUGGCCCCACAUCCUGCUCUCCUUGGGGACUCUUAGCUGCCAGUCCUUGCCCAGCCUGCCCCUGGGCCUCAGGGCCCUCCCCUGGAAGACGCGGGAGCAGAGAGCCCUUCCCUUGGGCCCUUGGAUGUUCAUUUCCAGACUAGUCUGAGUGGCAGAGGAACCAGGCCCACACUGGCCUGCUCAGAGUGCCACGGGCAGGGAGACGGACCUGCAGAUGGGGACGGAGGCCUGCCCACUCCCCUGCUUGCUGUGUGACCUUGGACCACAGUGCCGUCUCUUGAGAGCCUCUAUUUCCUGGUCUAUACUCGGGAGCGGGAGUUUCUGCCCGCGCGGUGGUGUGGAAAGGACCUCGUGAACAGGGUUUCACUAAGUUGUCUAGGCUGACCUUGAACUUGAACCUGUGGUCCUCCUGCCUCAGUCUCCCCAGUUGCUGGGAGUACAAAUGUGCACCACGGCACCCAGCCGGAGGACACAGCAAAUGGACAUGACCUUGUUGCACACAUCAUGGAGCACGUGGCAGCAGGAGGGCGGGCAAGCCGGGCGUGGUCGGGGAGGAGCUUGUUGCAACCAUCAACUGUUGUCAAAUUAUUCAUCUCCCAGAAAAUGCAAGGGUAAAAAGCAGGAAACGUAGGUGGGUUGUCCACUUUGUUGUGCCUCCCUAGAGGACAGAUGGCCCAUAUGGGCACAGUCCAGGGCAGCCGUGGAGACAUGAGUCCAGACUGGCUGGGAGUCUAAAUCUCAGCUGUGUGACUUUGGGCAAGUUGCUUGCGGUGUCUGAGCCUUUGUGUCCUCUGAGAAAUGGAAAUGAUAGCAGCACCUGCUCACAGCGCCUGGCCCGGGGGGACACAGGCCAAGGCCCCUCUGCAAACCAGCUCAGCAGCACUGCGUCCUCACCCAGCCUGAGCCGCGUCCUAACUCAACAGCCCCUGAGGGAGGGAAGGAAGGGUGCGAACCCUGGCUUCGGACGGGAGGCUUGGUGUGAGAUGCGGCAUGUGCUGCAACUGCCCUGAGCGGGGUGGAGGAGACGUGGCACAGAGUCUGAGGCCCGGGGCCUCGGCCACCACCUUGGGGGACCCAGACCUACCUCAGGUUUGGGGGGUAUGAGUGAUAUGAACCCCAGGAAGAAGUUCUUGGUGGAGAUUUGGAAGCUGGCAUUGAAAGCAUUCAGCUCGUGCAGGCUGGCCGAAGAGCUCCGGGGACAGAUGUCCACUGUCCCAUGGAAGGGGGACACGGUGAUGGUGGAAGGGCAGUCCGCGAAGGGCAGAUUGUUGCUCAGAGCCCCAUCGAUGUAGCGCUGCAGUUCAGGUGGGCGGGUGGCUGUGCUGCCCUCUCAGGACGCCCCCGCCCUCCUCCACACCAAGAACCUGCAGCAAGUGACCCUCCUGCUCCCGAGGCCCCGCAGUGGGGAGGGCUGGGCACGCAGCAGGGGCUCAAGGAGAAAGAGGGGGCGUGUACCCAGCUGCCCAGAGCUGUGGACACUCAAGAGGCACUCACCUGCCCUCUGAACUCAGGGGGGAUUGUCCCACAGUAGAAGGGGAAGUACAAGGAGCAGACCACGGCCUGGGGACAAGAGCCACGGGAAUGUGAGUUCUCGCUCCUGGGCAGGGACCUCCGGCACAGAGGAGGCGACUCCUGUCCUGUGUGCAGGUGCGGAGGGGCCACCAAGCCCUCAAGGGAAGAUGGAGGGAAGAGUCCCCCUCCUUUCUGCUGGGGGACCUCUGCCCACCAUGGCUGCUGCUGCGACCCCACCCCCAGCCGCACAGACAAGCAGCGGCACCAAGGCCACAUCCUCACCCUCCCUGAAGGAACGCCCCCCUGGACAGUCCCACAGACUGUCCCCUGGGCAUUGAUCAACAGGUGCACCUGCCACAAGGCCCUGUGCACUCACCCACCAGGAAAACACCAUCUACUCUCUCCUGGAAAGGAGAUGCCUACCGAAGACCAAGCCCCCUGGGCAUAGACUGAUACAUCGUCACGGGGAGAUGGAAAUGUCUGUGCACCGCAGGACAUGUGGCAACCUCGAUAAGCUGGGCAAACCCACUCCCGGUUGGGCACCGCUGACUGGUGCUCCCACUCACGAGGAGCAUAGACCCUGCCUGAGAGGGAACCCCCACCCUCUCUGGGAGACGCAGACCCUGUCCUGGCCUGACCAGCCGGAAUGCAGGAGAGAGCCUCCUUUCUGUAGAUUAGCUUUGGUGACAACAGCGACGUCUGCUGAGCACCUAUGAUGCGCCAAGUCUGUACUCUGCACCAUCCAGGAGAGGAGGCUGGGACACACUAUGGGGUCCCCAGCUGGCUUCCUCAGGAACUGAGGGACCUGAGCCUACAGCAGGUCUGGUUCCCCCCUCGGCUUGCUAAUAUCAGACACCUAUGACUUGGCCAUCUCAGAACUGAGAUGGUCCCAGUGCUGGGGACGGGGAGCACCAAGAUGAAGUGCCCUAUAUGGGGACCCAGGGUGGGUGGCAGACAAAGCCCAUGAUGGGAAAGACGGGCACAGCUGCAGGCGGGGGGGGGGGGCGGCAGGACUCCCCACCUCAGCCGCUGCUCCCCGAGACCUGUCCCCCUACCUGUCUGCGCUCCCCCAGGGUCCAGCUCCACUCAGCCCUCCCUACCACCCCACGGCCAUGCCUGAGGGCCUCUCCCUGCUGGUCUUCCCUGUGUCUGCCUCCUGCUCUGUUCCAGUACUGGCUCCUUUCCUAACUUGUCCAAUCCACAUUAGCCUCAGGGGGACCAGGAUGUUUUCCCUAGUAAUCACAAUGCCAGGAGCUGGACCUGGUGCAGAAGAGAUGCUCAAUAAAGCCUUGCUCACUGACUCAAAA